AUGUCCCUGGGCAUGCGUCGGCCGGAUGGGCCUCCAAAUCCCUUGAAGAGGCCCCGACAGGAUCCUGUUUCUUGCCAGUUCUGCAGAUCGAAGAAAUUGAAGUGCAACAGGCAGCAACCGUGCUCGAAUUGCGCAUCAAGGGGGCUUGCUUGUGAUGCCAAAGUCGCACCCUAUGCCCCCACCCCACCCGUGGUGCUCCAAGAUCCGAUCGACCAGUCUGUGCUGGCGCGAUUGAAACGGCUUGAGGACAUUGUCAUCGGGAGGACGUCCAUCCUAGAUGCGUCCAGCGCUGGCCUCGGGGUAUCUCAGCCUCUCAUCCAAUCCAGAACCACCUCUUCUCCAAGCAUUGCUUGCCUCUCACCGACCUCGGAAUACGAACAAGCCGUUCACAGCCUCGAGGAGAGCGGUGCCCGCGAAGCACCACUGGUACUACCACGAGGCCAUGACAUCCGCAUAGUGUCCGUACGCCAAAUAGCUCUCGAGUUUGAGAAACCUUCCUAUUUCCAGCCGGUCUCAAACCAUCUUUGUCUCCCCCCGAAGGAGGAAGCGUCGUUGUUGCUGGACCACUAUUUCAGAUACAUUAACGACCUUCAACAUGUCGUCCACGUCCCGACCGUCCGGGAAAUGAUGCGAAAUCUCUACUCCAGCUUAGAGCAAGGUCUAUUCGUCCUCCCUUCCGAAGUGGCGCUCUUGUUCAGCAUCUUCGCAAGUUCUCUGGCACUUUGUGUGUAUUUUCUGGGGGACACCCAGCCCUCGUUUUCGCCGUCUGACGCUGCUCAAGCGUCCUCGUUCUGGACCAAUGCCACGCAGGAGGUGAUAGAGUCUUCUCGCCGCAUCGCGACACGGAAGUUGGAGGAUGUCCAGGCGGCCAUCAUCCUCGGCUUCCUUCUGUUUCAUUGCGAAGGGUUUUCGACGAGAGCUCGUUGUGUCUUCGCCACUGCGGCGGCGAUGUCGCGGGAUCUGUCGCUGCACAAAAUCGACGCACCAGGCAAUGCUGCUACCCAGCGGAACACCUUGGAGACGGAGAUAAAACGCAGGGUCUGGUGGCACGUCGUGGCGACCGAUUGGCUACUAAGUCUCAGUGGAGGUCCCCAGGAAGGGACAUAUUUGAUUCAGCCACGACAUAUGCGUGUGAACAUGCCACGGAAUGUCGACGACGAAGACCUCUACCAGGAGAACCCCCCUGUUGACAAACCCUUGUCCGAGCCCACUAUCAUGUCAUACUAUAUCCAGCGGAUCAAGCUCGCCGAUAUCUGCCGGAGCGUCGUCGACGUGAUGCCUCUAUCCAGCCUAGACCUGGGAACGGUCGACUACCAAGACGUGAUCCGCCUGGACGCCAAAUUCGAGUCCUUCUUUCAGGAGCUCCCUCCAUUCUUCAAGGUCGACGAAUACCACAUACGGGAGAGCGAAUCGGUGAUGCGUCGAUACCCGCACAUCCAAAUCCAGCGCUUUGCCCUCAGCAUGAUCGGCCAGACGCGGCGGUGCAAAUUGCACCAACCGUUUCUCAUCCGCCGCGCCGUGCAGCGCCACUACGACUACUCGCGCGAGAUCUCGCUCAAGUCGGCCCGCGCGGUCAUCCGGAUGAAGACGCUCUCCGAACUCGCCGCGACGGGCGACUUCAUGGCCGCCAUCACCAAGCACACCGGCGUCGUCUACCACAUCUUCAUGGCGACCAUCGUGCUGGUGAUGGACCUGUGCUUCAACGAGGCGGCCGAGGGCGAGGACGACGCCGCACGCAAAGCCGAGGUCGUGGAGGCGUGCCGCAUGCUGGAGGAGGCCAAAUCCCAGUCACGCAUGGCCCACGAGUUUCUCGAGUCCCUCAUGGACGUGCUGAGGAAGCACAAGGUGCGCCUGCAUGCGCCUCACCCUCCGACGGCGCUGGACCCGGCCGUGGAGCCGCCGUCGUCUCAGCAACCUCUUCUUCAGUUGCCUCAAAUCCCUCUGGAGCCUGUGGCACAACACCCGCCGGAGUCUUACAACAACGCCUGGCCGCCCUCCGAAGACAUCGGGCAGCACUACCUGUCAGGUUUCGACGAGAUAUGGAAGGAGUAUGUCGAGUUAGGGCCCAAGAUGGGCAUGCCGGGCUGGGACAGCCUCUUUUCCGACCUCGAUUCGAGGAUGUGA